ACACCACACUUGACCAAAGACCCACCAACACCAUCUUUCAUUCCCACAUUCCCAUCAUCUCUCCAUUUCCUUCCUCAACUUCCUCUCACUCUCUCUUUCUCUCUCCUCCUCUGUCUCCUCUCUUUCACUCACUUUUGUACUUGUAUUUAAAAGUAACAACCCACCCACCAUUUACUUCACCAUUUCCCAUUUCUUCUUCCUACUUCGAGCCCCAAAGGGUCUCUCCCUCUUCCUCUUUCUCGCUCACUCGCUCGCUCUUCUCUCACUCCCAGAUCUGAUUUUUGAACCUGCUCGUUUGGUUGAUUGCUGGAUCUGAUCAGAAAAGGGGCUAGAAAUCUGGGUAAAUUUGUUGAUUUUGGUUGAGUUAUACUGGUGUUUUGUUCUUGUUGUUGCGGGUUAGGUGGAGAUCUAGGAAUUUCUGAUCUGGGGUUUGUUUUAGUGGCCUUGAAAGUUUGAUUUUGAUGCUUUAGAAAAUUGGUGAUAUUUUGGUUAGAUCUGACAGUACUUUGGUAAAGAGGAAGUUAGAGGCUUUAAUUCAAAGAUAUUUUACUCUUUUAGUGAGAUUGUGAUCAUAUUAGCUCAGAAAGAGGGGAUUUAUCGACUGUGAUUUGGUGAAUUUUGUGGUGUAUUUUGUCUGCUAUUGAGAUGGAAACCCUUGUAGUUGUAGCACAGCACAGGAACCAAUACUACAGUAGUAUAUCAAAGGGAAGGUGUGGUUCAUCACCUACUGGAGGGUUUAGGGACAUCAAUUGUAGGGCUUUUGAAUCUGGGAUUGGCUUACUUCCUAGUCCUUUUAAUGGCUAUGGUUCUCCGGUUAUGAACCGAGGUUUUAUGUCCCCAAACAUGCAAACCCCAUCUGCUAAAAGUGGUGGGAAAUCGAUGAGUGAGGAUACCAAACCUGGAAAAAGAUCAGCGAAAAGUAGCCCAAUCCCUAUUAACAUGAAGGGGGAUGGUGGUAGGAAUGGGAUAUUGUCUAGGGAAAGUAUGUCAUUCUCAGAGCUGUGGGCGGGGCCCGCUUAUUCGAACUCACCACCGCCGAGUUCUCUGCCUAUGCCCAAAUUCUCCAUGAAACCAAAGAGGACUGUGUCACUUGAGUUGCCUCACUUGCCUGCAUUUGAGUCUGAUUUGAACUUGCCACCAUUGCCAAAGUCAGCCCCUGCUUCCCCAACUAGAGAAUCCACCCAUUCACCUUUCAGCUUCCUUCGUGAAGAAGAUGACUCUGCUACUAAGACACUUCGCCGGAUCCUCAAUCUCGAUAUUGCUGAUGAUUGAGUGCAGGGUUUAAGUACUGGUAGUAUAGAUGUGUAUAUACAGGGAAAUAAAAUGCCUUUCAGUUGGGCUGAUUUCAAGUUUAGUAGUUAUGGUAGACAAGGCACAAGAUUAAAGUUGCAGGCUUGCAGCUAGCAGUCAACAGGGUUCCGGGUUCCUUACGGAUUAGUGGUGGUUCGUUUAGCUUCAGUAUGUUUUCUAGAAAGGAUUAUAUUGUGGAGGGGGUGUUGAAUUGGUGGAUGAUUGAAUCUGUCUGAAACUUUCAAAGGCAGAAGAAGAACAAAAGAAGUGACAAUUUAUUGCACGUUUACAAGACGUGGGUGAAUUAGCAACUCAUUUCAGCUUGGUUAUAUCUUGAUUGUGCCAAGUUAUAGAUUAAUUUUCCUCAUCUAAUGUACCUAAAGUUUCUCUGAUCAUUACUCUUAGCUGUAGUUUCUAAAUCUAACAUUUCUGUGCAUAUACUGUAGAGGUGUAGACUCCUGAACAUACUAGCUCCGUUGAUCUAUCUCCUGACUUUCUUCUUAUACUUCUUCUUUUAAAUCCUUUACUAACUCAAAAACUCUCUCUUCUUCUUCAUCUGUUAAUCCUAGGUUCAUUAGUUUCCUUAACUCUUACCAUUACUCCUCUUUACUCUUUAGCUAAUCUUUUCUUCGCAACUAUCCUUAAAAAGCUUUAGCUCGUUUUCUUCUCUGGUUUCUAGUUAGCUUAUGACUCUAGUUAACAGUAGUGUCAGAUCUCAUCCGUGCUCGCCUUCUUUUCUGGUUUUUUGAGAGGAAAAGAUGGCAUAGCACUUGGAAAUUACUUACAGUACUCUACUCUCUUCCAUUAGCUUGAGAUUCUUUGGUUAGCUUCUGCUGCACUUUCCUCCCCUCAAUACAAUACCUAGCUUUUUCAGUCUUUCCUAACAAGAGAUGCUUCCUUCCUUUCUUCGUCUGGCUCGUGGCAAUCCAUAGCUUCUAUUGAAGUUGAAUGGAAUUGGAGUCGUCUUCUUUGGAAUGGUGGCAUCUACUCUGUUAGUAUAUGCUUUAUGAAGUCCGCUUUCUGGAACUGUCCGUUGUGCUGUAGCUGUUUUUGGCUUGUUCGUCUUGUGCACUUUGUAUCUUCGAUGAACUAGUUUGUGGUAUGGACUAUGUUUCUGAUGUUUCAUCUCUAGUUUAGCACCUGUGUCGACCUUUUCCCUGUGGGUCAAUUUCAUUCCAGACUCUUGGUUUUUCUUGUAAGGUUUCAGAUGUUUUUAUCAUUUGUUUGAGGUUUGUUGAUGUUGAUGAAUUAUAUUAUGUGUUGUGUUACAA